AGAGUGGGUUUCCUGUCAGGGAGUUUGCAGCGGUUCUCCUCUUAUACUUGUUUAUGAAAGGGAUUAUACACAGUCAUGCAUGUAGAAGUGGUGUGUGAGCGGGUGUUGGUGGCCCUGUGGAUUUGCUGCUUAGCGGGGACGGCGCUGGGAGCCAUUAAGAAAGCGAAAAUAACGUCACUGCAUGUAGAUUCAGAGAUUCAGUUCCGAUACGCCACGACGAAAGUGACAAGUCGCCUGAAGAAUCCACGUGAUCAGAAGUCCGAGGCGCUGUUUGACGUCACGCUGCCAAACGAAGCAUUCAUUACAAAUCUUACUCUAGAAGUGGACGGAAAUGUUAUGGUUGGGGAGAUCCAGGGCCGGGAGGAGGCGAGGCGCCGCUACGAGGCGGCCAGGGACCAAGGACAGACAGCCGGCCAUGUCGGCACUAGGAGCCGAGAGACUAACCGGUUCACGCUGUCUGUGAGUGUGGCACCCCAGGGUAAGGUCACCUUCAACCUCACCUACCAGGAGCUGCUCCGCCGGAAACACGGAUAUUAUGAGCAGGUGGUGUAUAUUGACCCAGGACAGGAGGUAGAUGACCUGCAGGUGCGAAUAUCUGUAAUGGAGUCCCGCAACAUCACCCGCCUUACAGUGCCGCCACUUAGGAACGACCUCAACCCCAACAUCACAGAUGUCGAGGACAUGACGACGGUGAAUCAGUCCGCCCGUGAGGCGGUAGUGGUUUUCCGCCCGGACCUGGACUUUCAGCGAGCACAGGCGGCAGGCGGCCUUGCGGGUCAGUUCGUCCUCCAAUAUGACAUAGACAGGACAAUGAGAGGCGAUGAUAUACUGCUUGUGAACGGGUACUUCGUCCAUUUCUUCGCCCCCGAGCACUUCCGGCCGCUCCCGAGUGACGUCCUCUUCAUACUUGACGUCAGCGGAUCUAUGCAGGACACAAAGAUGAGUCAGCUAAAGACGGCCAUGCGGUCUAUUCUGCAACAGCUGAAUAAUCAUGACCGGUUCAACAUCAUAACGUUCUCCGAAGAUGUAAACGUCUGGCGGUCCGAGAUGGCGGCGGUAGCGGACGAGGACGUGCUUGAGGAAGCGCUGCUGCACGUGGAUUCAUUGCAGGCUGGUGGAUGGACAGAUAUUGAAAAAGCCCUUGCAGAAGGCCUGAACCUUACGCGGCCAAGCCAGCGUGGAAAGGCAGGAAAAGGGGUCCGUUCCCCCAUCAUCCUGUUUUUAACGGACGGCGAGCCGACAGAGGGCGUCUUGGGCACGGACAAUAUACUGCGUAGUGUCAAGGAGAAAAAUCAAGGCCAGGUGGCGAUAUUUUCGCUCGCAUUUGGCGAGCAUGCAGAUUACGACCUUGUCAAGAAGAUAUCACUACAGAACCAUGGUAUUGGGCGGCGGAUAUAUGAGGCCUCGGACGCUGCACUACAGAUUGCAGGCUUCUACAGCGAGAUUGGGGUAAGCCUGCUUAGUGAUCUGACGUUCCGCUACCUUGAUGUCCCUGAGGAAAACCUGACGCGCAACCACUACACAAACUAUUUCAAUGGCUCCGAGAUCGUGAUAAGCGGCAGGUACGAGGAACUCAGUAACCACUCCCUGACCGUCCAGGUGACGGCCAGUUCCGAGAGAGAUACAGACAUGGUGCUGCAGACGACGAAACGUGCUGGCGAAGCACAGGGUAACACGAGCAAGCACCAGCUCAUGUUUGAGGAGAUCACGGAGAAGGUUUGGGCCUAUCUGACCAUCAAACAGUUGUUGGAAGAAGAGACGGUCGCCACGGACACAGACCGGCGGCGCGCAAUCACACACCGCAUCGUCAGGCUUGCCCUGCAGUACGGGUUUGUGACGCCGCACACAUCCAUGGUGGUCACGGAGCUGGUGGACCAGCAGCGCCAGGUGGUCGAACAAGAGUCGGUACAAGACGUACAAGUGGGCCUGUCCAUCGACGGUUCUCAGUUCCCUGGGUUCGUUGACACAGCUGUCCAUCACAGCGGUGUUUGGGAUCUACCAUCACACGGGAGUGACUACGAUCCAAUAAUGCGCCAGCCCCCAUCCUCGCCUCGGCUUUCUCCAGGCUCAGUGCCUGGCUCCAGCUCAGUUCUGUUGGUUCUCCUCCCUGCUAUCAAGACCCCCGUGUGCUUACGCCUGCGCCCGUCGGACACACUGCUGUAUGAGGACAUAGAUGAAAAGUGGAGCAUUACCGCUGUAUUCAUUAAGAAGUUUAUCAGCGAGAUAGCGUUCACAUAUAACAGCACCACCCAACACACCACCGUCAUUUCAAACCGGACAUGGGAUAAGCUUGGAAGCGGGGGGACAGGGGGCGCCUCAUGGACGGUUCAUUUGAACCCCAUUAAACAGGUGGCCAGGGUCGACUUUGCCGCCUUCAACAUUACCGUGACCACCAGCGGGCAGAAUAUGUCUGUUGCCGUCUUCCAUGCACCUACACAGGCACAACCCAAGCCUGUUGGCAUCAUAGGUAGGUUGCUGACAGUUGGGCUGCAUGAAGUCUCUCCUGGAAUUUUCCAGACCAAUGAUGGCCACAAGUUCCGUGCCAAAAAGAUAAUGAAUCACAAGUGUUGGGAACUCAAACAUUUCUCCAUCUAAUGGACAUAUUGCAAGCUUAUUGCUUAUCUAAACAUGAGCACAGCCACCAGGCAAAUAUUGUAUAUAAGACAAAGCAUCUAGUAUAAUAAUUACAAUUCAUCGCCUUUUAGAUGACCAGGGUCUGCAUUCUUUCUGUUUGUGGUUGACCUUUGGUUUUGGGGACAGUUGAUGAGGUAAAUUUAAACAACAAAGUAUUUAAUUUCAUAUGCAUGUAUUUUGGGCGAAUAUAUUUGUUCUCAAUAAGCUAAUUGCAUUGGCUCCAACUAUUUGCCCAAAUUUCUCGAAAACAUCUCAAGUCUCUUAUAACACAAUGAAGCUAAGCUCACUAAUUUUGUUCUUUUCUAUAAUUCACGUAAUAUAUACUUCUUUAAGAGUUUUGAGGCUUGAAAUCAAAGUCAUCUUUAUGAUAAUCAUGAUAACCAUUUUUUAAGCUAAAGAUGUUUUGAGAAAUUGGAGCCUGACUAGUGAUGAAUGAUCAGUAUGCUUAGUUAGUGAGCAUUAUUUUUCUGUGUUCUCAAACUAUGGUACAACAUAUGAGUAUUAUUUCUGACAUGAAGAAGGAUAAUGAGGCAACUCUUAUAUUUGAAGAGAGAGCGUUACAUUGCUAGAGGGGACUAGAGGGUCCCCGAUACAUAGGUUAGGUAAUCAAUUCUCGAUACUCAUGCUAGUAUGUUAUUAUUUGUAACAUAAUCACCUAAGAUUAUAUAUUACAAGUUAUAGAUA